GUAGAGUGACGAUUUCCGCUAAUCUUGGCUUCACGCUUCCGGAACUGAAACCCAAAACAUCAGGAUUCCGUCAAAUUCGUUGUUUAAUUCAGGUUGUGAUUCGAUUUCGGUGUGGACGGAAUGGAGGUGCGCUUCACGCGAGGCAAAUCUGCGAUCCUCGAGCGCUCGCUAACGCGCCCCAAAACUGAGGUGAGCGUGAGCGCGUUCGCGCUGCUCUUCUCAGAGAUGGUGCAGUACUGCCAGAGCCGCGUGUACUCGGUGUCGGAGCUCCAGGCCCGGCUGGCGGACAUGGGUCAAGGGGUCGGAGCCAGUCUUCUGGACGUCCUUGUGAUGAGGGAGAAAAAUGGAAAAAGAGAGACCAAAGUUUUAAACAUACUUCUCUUUAUUAAGGUAAACGUAUGGAAAGCAUUAUUCGGCAAGGAAGCAGACAAACUGGAACAAGCCAACGAUGAUGACAAAACAUACUACAUCAUUGAAAAGGAGCCUUUGAUCAAUGCCUACAUUUCAGUACCGAAGGAGAACAGCACUUUGAACUGUGCAGCCUUCACCGGUGGCAUCGUGGAGGCUAUCCUAACCCACAGUGGCUUCCCCGCCAAAGUCACUGUCCACUGGCACAAGGGGACCACACUGAUGAUCAAGUUUGACGAGGCAGUCAUUGCUCGUGAUAAAUCUCUUGAUGGCAGAUAGCAGAUGGCUCAAGUUUUAGUCUUGAGUCUGGAGUCUCAACAUUGUUAUUCCCCUACUCAUUUUUAAAGCUUUGAUAACAAAUUCACUGAAUCUAGCACAGAUCUCAAAAUAACUUCAAAUCUGUCUCUGGCUGUCCUUUUUUUAAAUGAUGUUACAGAAUAUUGCUUAGGACAAGCCACACUAAUGC